CGUCUCGCAAAUCGCCAUGGAAACCGAAUAUUUCGAAGCCCCGUAGAUGAACUCAUCGGCGGUGCCUGCUAAUGUCGCUCGGUGGUGAGAAGUGCUUGUGGCUUUGCCGGCUUGUCGAUCAUUGUCUUCGUCCUUUUGCAGAAGAUGGAGUGGUCUUGGAGAGAAAAGAGAAGGAAAAGGAGCUGCUUAUUGCGCUCUCUCAUGUCGUAACUGAAAUUCAGCGCCGGGUUCAAGAAAUUGAUGGUGACUCUGAUAAUGAAGGGAUUCAAAUGUUGAUUUCUCACGAGAAAAGCAGUGAUGAGUGUGACCAAUCUUUUGAGAGGCAUCAUUGUAUGGCAAAGAUUAUCUCUGAAUUGGUACUUUUACUAGCUUUUGAGAAUCAGUAUGUCAAACAUCUUGUGGGCAAUGUUCUUACAGCCAUUACGAAAUUUGUGUUUCUAACUGGAAGCACAAGACACUGGUAUGAAUUGGUUCACUCAUUAUGUUUUUGCAUGGAGUUGGUGCUUGCCAGAUUCAUAUCUUCUCCUGCACCCUCAAUCACUGGGUCUGAAAAUUUAGACUGUUAUUUAUCGACCUUAAGUAAUAUCUUAUUACCUAAGCUGAAAAGUUCCAAUUUGUCCACAGUUGCUGGCAUUAUUCAAGUUUUGCGAAAUACCUUGAAAUUCUUAAAGCAAGAGCAGAGUGAUCUUGUUGCAGUGUUCUUUGAUUCUGUUAAUUCUUGUCUUUCAAAGAUUCCUUGGAAUUUAUUGGGUAAGAUCCUCACUGAGGAAAGUUUUAACAUUGUAGAAGUCCAGAGCAAUGAUGACUCAUGUUACAGUAAUUUGCAUCGGAAGCAAGGAUUAAAAUUUCUGUUCCUAGGAAAUUUUGUUCAAUUUCUAUGUUCCUUGGCUGAGCCAAGUGGCUUUGAGGAAUCUUCAGGUGGUUCGCUUACGACUCACCCCCUACUUGGUACAAUUAUCAACCUGAUUCCUAACCUUUUCGAUUGGUGCCUCAACUACCAAGUAGAUCACUUUGAUGGGUGCUUGUCCCGAUAUUUCAGUCACAAGUUGUUGAUAUUAAUGAUCAGGCUUAGUUUCGGUUGCCAUCUUCAAUGUUCCACUCUUGUUCUAUGGUUGCAACUUUGCAGAAAUCGUUUCCAAAAUCUCUUGCUGCUUCCAAAGCUUGAGCUGGAAUCUUCCUCCGACACUUCCCUUGAAGAUUCUCCAUUGACCUUGAGUUAUUUUGGUGAAGAACGUAGUCCAUGUUCCAUGCAUCUACGAAGACUGGCUAUUUUUCUUUUCCUCAGGUGUUCCUUAAGCUUCAUAUGUAAACAACCUACUGAAAAGUAUGAUACAUCUAUAGCUCUAAAAUCUCAGUUGAUGUGCACUACAAAUUUGGAAAGUAAAUGUGAUGGCUGCAAUUGUAGCAAGAAAGCUAUACUGGAGCUCUAUAAGUGGCUUCAGGGGAACCUUCCAACAAAUAAUUUUUUGGAUACUAAAAUAUAUGCAACAAACUGCAUCAAGUUCGUGUCAUCAUUUCUCCAGCUAUAUAUGCAUGAGGAUGAUUUACUAUUCAAAGUGUUGUUGCAACUUCUUCCUCUGCCUUCUCGUUCAGGGCCAUGGUCUUGUGAAGGACUGUCCCAGGAUGUGGAGGAAGAUAUACUUUUUCAUGUUUCCAACUUCUUUUAUCCUCAGCACAUGUUCCACAUUUUUCUUAAGGAGUUAAACUAUGAUCAUGAAAUGCUCUUAGAUUACCUCAUGUCAAAAGAUUCAGGAACGUAUUGUUUGGAAUAUCUCCUGAGAUGUUUGCAUAUAAUAAACGACUCCAGGCAUGCACCAGAGGAUUUAUCAACGGAGUGGGAUGUUACAACUCACUCUUCAUGCAAGAGAAGAAAAGUUUUGCUGGAUAGCUCAACUAUUCCAGACGAGCUAUUGUCUAGUUCACCCAAUCAAAGAAAUGAAACUCUUCUAUCUUCUGUGGACGCUAAAAAUUGCGAUUAUAGCUACAAGCCUCAAAGAUUUUGGGUAAAAGCCCUCAAGAAAUCUAAAAAUUGUCUGCAGUCGCUGAAAAGAUCCUUGGAAAAUCUUCAUAGAGAGAAUCUCUUUCCAUACAAUCCCGAAGUGCUCAUAAAACGUUUGACGAAAUUUCUGGAGCUUCCCAUGGAAUAAUAAAGUAAUUGGGAGGCAUCAGCCCCAUCCAGAGGUCCUCUUGUUGAAGCAUGGAGUUCCAAUUUUGAUUUAGCUCCAACUUUCCUUCAAGCUUGGACGAUUCUGUUAGUCCAAAAGCGUCAUCUUCGAGCCCUUCAAAUAUCUUCCUUUCUCAGUUAUUCUUUGUAUGUGUGGAAUAUUGAAGGCCUUCAGACCUGGAGCCAUUCGAAGUCAUAUCAUCAAUUGAGGUAAUGCAAAUGUAGUGUAUUUUUUCAUUCAGAAACGCUUCUGCUCCAUUGAUAGCAGACGAGAAAACACGUGAAGUUGUCUCCUGUAGCUUAUAGAAAGAAGCACAUUCUUACUGAUGCAGAAGUUAAGAGUAGGCACCACCCAUUUUGUAUGUAUUAAUUUAAGACGUAGUCGAUUAAGAAAAAAAUGAUUGUAUAAUGAUUCAUUGAUUCUUUUAAUGCC